AUGACAAAUGGCGCUCUCACUACAGAAACUAUCCAAAAUAUUAUCAAAGCAGUGGAGCACGCUCUAGACUACGAUGCUGGCGAUGCCCUCGCUCUUUGGUCAGAUCUGAGGAAAGGUGCUGAGGCACUUUGCAUGAGCAAUACUCCAGUUGACACGCCGAUGAAGAGUCCACAAUCUCAGGUUCCCGCCAUGGAAUCACAAAAGCCCCCAGAUACGUUUUCUUCAUGUUCUGAAGACAAACGCAAAUCAAGCAGCAAAAAAGAUGUGGUCAAAAGGCGACUAUUUCCGAGCGCCAAGAACAUACCGUCUCGACUUGGUGUUUUGGUGGAUUUAUCUUGUCCUGAUAACAACAGCAAAUCAAGCAGCGAUGAAGAUGUGGUCAACAAGCGACUCCUUCCGAGGGCAAAGAACAUACCGUCUUGA